AUGGUAGCCAUAUUCUGGGCGCGUUCGGCAUUGCUGCUGGCCUUAGUCGCUUCUCCGGGUCUGUGCCUCCCGCAGUCAUUCUGGAGACGCUCUUCUUUCGACCAGCCUCCCACGCCCACCUCAACCGCCGAAAUUUCCACUGCAAGGCAGGAUCGGUGCCCGGCAUCUAGAAGACCGCCCAAAACGAGGACAGUAACCAACUAUGUUUCGACUUCAGCAGAGCUCAAAGAACUAUCCUCCAAGCCCGCGGACUUGCCCGGGACGCCCUCGUCCGAAGCAGCGCUCCCGGAAGAAACCGUCACAAUCACUAUAAAUGGAACAUUGACACGGCAUAAGAUCAUGUUCCCGACGGCGACCGAGGUCCAUACCGUCAGCUACAACUACACUACCUUGCUGACUCAAGCGCGAACUACCAUCACGGAGCUCCCUGGUGUCACGACGUAUACCGUGACCUAUUGGGAUGUGACGGACGUCGAUCAUGCCGAGAAAAGUUCGAGUAAUUCGACGUCUGCUGCAAGUGACAAUUCGUUUAUCCUAGUCACAUCUACCAGCUCUCCGACCCCAACGGAAGUACAUUCAUCAACGACAGGACCUCGCGAACGAGUCAUUACGUUGACACACUGGCACUACACUCAGGCAGCGAGUGUUAUCGAGUUGAGUGCCAAGCCUCCAGAUCUAGGUCCCAUUGUCACUCUCAGUGUCAACAAGACCAAAACUAACCAAUUAUACAAAUACCCGAUAUCAAUGAACACUGACGAUGUCGGGACAACCGCCAUCGAAGAACUCACGGGCCCAACCGCCACUUACACGUACACAUACACACACCUGCCGGUGACGAAGACAUACUACACAACAGAGGAAAGUUACCCGUGGUCGUGGUGGCCCGAGGACACUGCCACCGCAACACCGGGAUCCACGCUCAAAAGCAACAAUCUCGCGAAGCGUACCCAUCGCGUUCUUUUGAACGAUGGUUGGAACGACCCCGAUCACCUCCCUUCAAGUCUCGUCGAUCUCAGCCUGGGCACAUACACGACGACAGGCGCCAAGACCGCCCAGCUCACGCAGACCGUUCACGAGCCGAUUUACAUGGACGGCAGCAUGACCACCCUGGACUACAAGCCCACUUACUUCCCGGAUACGACCGUCACGGUCAACGACACGUACAGCUGGGACGGCGUGGUGUACCCUCAGACAGUUAUCGUGAGCACACUCCUGUCGACCCUUACGAGAGCGGACACGUUCGCGGCGACGACUAUCUCUACGAUUUCAACGCUGCAGAGCAUACAGACCGUCACGCAGUGGGGUACAAUGUCCUGGAUCCACGCCAAUCCUGUGCCGACGGCCGCUCCGAGCAGCUCCCCCGACCCUGUCCAGUCGGGGGUGCUCAGGCUGACGACCUGGCUUACGGAGAUCGUCACGACGAUCUACACAUCUGCCUUGCCGACAAACGCCCCCCGGUCGGUGGAUCUUGUCUACAAGACCGUCAGCCUAGCGGUCUACAAGGUCCCAGGAGUCGUCGAGACAAUCCCAACGGGGGUAUUUAGCAGAACCUGGACGGGAGACGGCCCCCACACCGACUCCCUCUCCUCCGCGGUGACCUUUACGUACUACACCGACAUAUACAGAGGACCCGAGCCAACGACCACCGAGGUCGUCACCGCGACAGUAACCGAGAGCAAGAGCUGGGCCCAGGUCCGGCCGCUCAAGCCCCGCCAACAAGACGCACCCCCCGACGACACAGCAUGCACCACCGCCGCCAGCACGUCCUCCCAAGGCCCAUUCCCAGCCCCGGGCAUGCCCGUUACGCAGACAGCCUACGCGGUGAAGAGCACCUACACCGUGACCUCGAUCGCCAGCUUCGCGCCGCAGUGCACGGCGACGACGAACGAGACGUUCUUGACCGGGUUCCCUCCUCACUAUGUCGUGCCCCGGCCGUCCGGGGUGGGCGGGGCUGGCGCCGCCGUCACGGCGGACUCGACGAGCGGCGCUGUCUCGCAGAGGCCGUCGCGUCUUAGUACGGAUUCCGGGACUCGAGCUGCGAUCUCGGGAGCCGACGACGCCACGGCCACGGCGACGGCUAUUACCAGCCGCGUGCUGCUGCUGCCCGCCCGGCUCUUCACAGACGGCUCUCGCGGCGUCAACGGCACGGCAGCGGCGACGAGCGUGUCGAUGGUCACGGCCAACUGGACGUUCGACCUCUACCCGAGCGGUUACCGUCCGGCGAACCACCACACGGACCGGGUGGUGUACAGGACCACGACGACGACCCUCGUGAGCUGCCCGGAAAGGAUGAACACUACCACCCGUCCUCCGCUAUAG